AUGAAGGCACUUAAAAGCCACAUAUUCUGGUUCUGCCCAGCACUCACCCAAUACUGGCAAAGAAUCCGAGACCUGAUAGUAUCCAAAGUAGGGAAGAACCUGCCACUUCCCCCGGAACACUACUUCCUCCACAUGCUACUACAGGGUUUCACGGCAUACAAAGCAACACUAAUCACCCACAUCACACUAGCUGCAAAGCAAUAUAUAGCUGCUUUGUGGAAAUCCACCCUGGCACCAGACGUAAAGUCGGUGCUCGCAAAAGUGAGUCUUACUCAACAAUAUGAGAAAAUGUCACACACGAUCAGCGGAACCCUGGCGCACUAUGAGCGUACUUGGUCCAAAUGGUAG